GUCAACAUCCCGGGAUGAGAUGAAAAACGACUCCUUCGGGAACCAAAAUAGUGCAUGCACCAUCAUCGUCUUGACUUUCUAAAUUCCCAGAAGCUCUUCCAUUUCAAACACUACAAAUCCCAAUCCAAUCUGAAAAGAUAGAGAUAGUGAGAAAUCGGCAUAGACAUGGAGAGUGGUGAUUUCUCAGCCGUGGCUCGCGGCCGCUUGGAAGUGCUCUCAGCUCACCUUGCCGCGUCGGAUUCUUUUAACCCGCCCGAGACUACCCCUCUCAAUACCUCGGUUGUAUUGGCCACUGACCUGGCUCCGCCUCCGAAUCUCAAGGGCUCCUUGACGAUCGUCGAUGAAAGGACUGGUAAGAGAUACCAAGUUCAGGUCUCUGAAGAAGGCACAAUCAAAGCCACGGAUUUGAAGAAGAUAACAAUAGGAAAUAGUGAUAAAGGUCUCAAACUGUACGAUCCUGGUUACCUUAAUACAGCCCCAGUACGGUCAUCCAUAUCGUAUAUAGAUGGUGAUGCAGGGAUUCUUAGAUAUAGGGGUUACCCAAUUGAAGAAUUGGCUGAGAGAAGUUCAUUCUUGGAAGUGGCUUAUCUUUUGUUGUAUGGGAAUUUACCAUCUGAGAAUCAAUUAGCAGACUGGGAGUUUGCUGUUUCACAGCAUUCAGCUGUACCAGAAGGAGUCUUGAAUAUCAUUCAGUCAAUGCCUCAUGAUGCUCACCCAAUGGGUGUUCUUGUCAGUGCAUUAAGUUGUCUUUCUGUCUUCCAUCCCGAUGCUAAUCCAGCUCUUAGAGGUCAAGAUAUAUACAAGUCUAAACAAGUAAGAGAUAAACAAAUAGUUCGCAUCCUUGGGAAGGCACCAACGAUUGCUGCAGCUGCAUAUUUAAGGUUGGCAGGGAGAUCUCCAGUUCAACCUUUCAACAAUCUUUCGUAUGCUGAAAACUUCCUUUACAUGCUAGAUUCAUUAGGUAACAGGUCUUACAAACCCAAUCCGCGACUUGCUCGUGCACUUGACAUUCUUUUCAUAUUACACGCGGAACAUGAAAUGAACUGCUCUACAGCAGCAGCAAGACAUCUUGCCUCAAGUGGAGUUGAUGUGUACACUGCUCUUUCUGGUGCUGUUGGAGCUUUGUAUGGUCCUCUUCACGGAGGAGCAAAUGAAGCUGUGCUUAAAAUGCUGGGUGAGAUUGGCAGUAUUAACAACAUUCCAGAUUUUCUUGAAGGUGUGAAGAACAGGAAGCGAAAGAUGUCCGGUUUCGGACACCGUGUCUACAAAAAUUAUGAUCCUAGGGCCAGGGUGAUAAAGAAGCUCGCUGAAGAAGUGUUCUCCAUUGUUGGGAGUGAUCCAUUAAUUGAGGUAGCUGUUGCUUUGGAAAAGGCUGCGCUUUCAGAUGAGUAUUUUGUUAAGAGAAAGCUGUAUCCAAAUGUGGACUUCUAUUCUGGGCUAAUCUAUAGGGCUAUGGGAUUCCCUCCAGAGUUCUUCACUGUUCUUUUCGCUAUUCCUCGGAUGGCUGGCUAUUUAUCUCACUGGCGAGAAUCCUUGGACGACCCCGACACAAAGAUUAUGAGACCUGCGCAGGUGUACACAGGUGUUUGGUUGCGGCAUUACAUGCCACCUAGAGAACGAACUCCAUUGAGUGAGGCAGCCGAUAAACUAGGCCAAGUCUCCAUUUCAAAUGCUACCCGGCGUCGCUUGGCUGGAUCUGGUUCUGGUGCCUAGAAAUUAUCAUUCACCUUCUACAAAGGGAAAAAUGUUAUCAUUCACUGACAAUAAUUAGGUUGUUUGUUUGGCUAUAUCCACACCUUUUAUACACAAGUUUACCCAUAAUAUUUAAAAAAUUGAAAGAAAUAAGUGAAAGGGUAAAGUUGUCCAUUUCUUAGGAAUGGAGUGAUUUAGUCAAAUAGGGUGUGGAUUUAGCACUAUAAUAAUAAUGGCAAAACUAUUCUUCUCUAUACAGCGGUGGAUUUAUGGCUUUUGUGCCGAGCCAAGGCGGAUGGAUUUGGUCUGGUCUUACUUUAUAACUGUAAUUAGUAAUUACUGAAAAUGUACUCCGUACUAUGCAAAGGCAUGUCCAAUUCCAUGGCCUUUGUAUUUUGUCCUACCCCAUCCAAGUGGCCUUUGUAUUUUGUCCUUUGUAUUUUGUCCUACCCCAUCCAAAUAAUAAAUAUAAUGGUGGUCAAGCAAUAAAUUCAAUUUUUAUAUUCGUUUAAGAAAACAAGACUAAAUUG